UGCCACGUUCUCCGCACAGUGAGGCGAACAGAAAACGUUCAGCGCUCGAUUCGAAUCAGUCGAGCUCUGACGCGCCUUGUGAGAGGUCGAUCAAAAAAAAAAAUUAUCCCGUGCAAAGGAAUUGUGCUUAGUGUUUCUUCUCUAAGUCCUUCUGGAUUUUUUCGUCUUCUUUUGGAAAAAAGAAAUCAUACAGUGAUUUAUUUGAAAACUAACAAGUGCUACAAUUUUUGAGAAAACAGUGCAACUUGACAAUUAUUGAUUGGAUUACAUUUUUUUUGGUUCUCUUUUUGGUGUGAAGUGAUUAUUUUCGAUUGAGAAAAAUUAUUUUAUUAUUGAGAAUGGUGACCGGAGUUGGUGCCAAUAUGCCGACCGGGGGUGUUACUGUUGGUGCAACCCCACCGGCGCAACACGUGCCCCAGGAAGCGGGACAACCACCUGCACAAACCACCACCAACUCUUCGCCCACUACGACCACUACUCCGAGAAGAUCGGGUGAAAAUCGACGGAGUAACAAGCCGAUCAUGGAAAAGAGACGUCGUGCCCGCAUCAACAAUUGUCUGAAUGACUUGAAAACUCUCAUCCUCGAUGCAAUGAAGAAAGACCCAGCCAGACAUUCGAAAUUGGAAAAAGCUGACAUUCUCGAAAUGACAGUGAAGCACUUGGAGACUCUCCAGAGGCAACAGGUAGCAUUAGCGGCAGCGACGGAUCCAAACGUUUUGAACAAAUUUCGCGCCGGUUUCACGGAAUGCGCCGGAGAAGUUGGCAGAUUUCCUGGACUCGAAGCAUCAGUGAAGAGACGUUUGAUGGCACAUUUGGCCUCGUGCCUUGGACCAGUCGACAAUAAUGGAACAGUGGUGCAAACAACAACCACAACGACAACAACAUCCCAACAAGUCCAAGCGGCGCCACCAACAGCCCAACUUCAACUUCACAUCCUCCCACAAGUUGACGCACCGCCAAGAAUUCAAGUCCAACAAUCAAAUGGAAUUGUAUUCGCCAAUACGAAUAGUCUUCAAGUGGUGCCAACGCGACUGCCAAAUGGCGACAUUGCCCUCGUAUUACCAGCCGGAGCAAAAGCCACCCCCGUAACAUCGCCAGCCACCUCACCAGCGCCAAGUUCACCAAUUAUGCCCACGCUAAUUCCCAUUCCCCAAAGGACGGCGAGCACAGCCUCGGCAUCAUCAUCCACCUCGUCAACAAGUUCCACCUCAACCUCAGCGGCGAGUCCAGUCGCCUUCGAGGCACCACCUUCCAAUUUCAUGGCAAGGUCACCCCAAUACACCACCAGUCAUCGAGACGUCGCCACCUCACCAGCCAAUGGCUACACCAGUGAUCCUGAAUUCGACCCACGAGUCUACAGUCCACCACUCCAAAAACCCCUCGCUCUCGUCAUGAGGAAAAGUGUUAUGCCCGAAAUCGAAGACAAACCCUGGAGACCGUGGUAAAGAGUUAGUGCUAAAAAAAACUUCAUUCCAUAAAAAAAACUGUUACCACAAUUUUCGUCUUUCCGAAAUAUUGCCCUUUCCUUAAAUUCACCCCCAUACGAGAACUCAUUCGCACCGGCCAGUUGCUUUUUCGGAAACAGUGCCUUGUAAAUAAAUCUUCCUCCAAAACGAAGAUAAUUGUGUAAAUUACGUCUUUGUUCUCAGUGAUAUUUUCCUCUACUUAAUUUUAGUAAACACAUCCCCUCUCUCUCUCUCUCUCUCUGCUUUUGAGAGCAACUAAUGCUUUUGAAAGCAAAAAGCAUUAGCUUUUUUUAUAUGUAAAAAAAUAAAUACCUAGCUUUUUUUUCGUUUCCAAAAAAAAGAGAGUGAUGCUGAUUGUCAUGUAAAUAAUUUCUUAUUUGUUUUUAAGUGCCUUACGCAACAAUAAUCACAGAUGUCUUCCAUUCUGUUAAUUUUUUUAUUUUUUAAAAAAAAGAAGAAAAAUAAUAUUUUUCGUUAAAUCCAAAAUACGUUUGUACAGUUGACUUCGAUUGAAAAAUGUCGGUGUCAAAUUUUUAUAUUAGAUGUUAAGUAAAUAAAUAUUGAUGAUUAAAAAAAAAGGUAAAAUAAUAAAAAGAUGUAUAAAUGUGAUGUCUGCAGAGAUAUGGUAUGUUCUAUUUAUAUUUAUGAGUGCAACGAAUAAAAAUUUAUUAUUCAUCUAUUGUCAAAAAUAGAAAAAAACCACGCUUAUUAUGAGAUAGGAGAAUCAAAUAAAUAUUGAUCUCUUUAUUAAAAUUA